CGCAAAACGGCGCGCGCAGCAUGUGUCAAAAUCGUGCUCUCCAUUGAAGGGAAAAUAAUAUUUAUUUCGGUGAUUUUAUGUGACAAUGUGAAACAAGAUAUUUAUUAAGAUAGUGCAGAUAAAAUACACUGAUUGAUAAUGUAUUAAGUGGACUAGAAUUUUGUUGUGAUUGAGAAUUCAUCAUUUGUUCACAGUUUAGGUUUAUUUUUCAAUCGUAAAUAAAGGAAAAAAGGUGCAGUGUUAUCCGUUUGUGUUUACAGUUAUUAUAUUUGUGUUGUGUAAUUAAUAUGAUAAUGAUUAUGUCUGCCACGUACCUAACUAACACAAUGCACAGAUUUUUUGUUCCUUAGUUAAUCUAAAUACAGUUUUCAGUAGCUCUGUGCUACAUUUGAAGUGAAUAAUGAUUUAAAUAUAAACUUAUUUAAAUAAGUUUCAGUCAAGAUUGUGAUCCCAUUCGAAUACUUGUUUCUUAUAUAUCAAUUUAUUCAUAUCGUAAACUGUGAAACCAAUGCAAUAAUGAACAAUGAACCGACGAUAUAAAACAAUCAAGCAAAUAAUUCCCCACUUAUCAAAAUAAGUGUUUAAAAUGUUGUUUAAAAAUGACGAGAUGUCUGCGGAUAUUCAGUGCGUAUUCAUUCAGACUGAGCAGGAAGCAUUCGACUUUGCUCCUCCUGGCCUCCUUCAUAGUGACUGUGACAUUGAUUCUCCAGCUUUAUUCAUACAAGCACCACGAUCACCAUCAUACAAGGCCGCAUUUCGGUGAUUAUGACUACAGACCCGGCGCCUUCCUCAAAGGCAGGCAGCCGAACGAAAAUAACAGUUAUUGCGACUUCCGAUAUGGUCUACCCGAAACUCUCAAGUGGGGAAGUUUUCGAGUCCACUCCACCCCUGAAGUCGGAGGCUUGAGCCCCUACAGUGUCAUCUAUAAUGCUGUGGAAGGAAAAACUUUCGCGAAUCACAGCAAAUACGACGCUGUCACUUACGCUACGCAAUCGACACCAGAAUUCAUAUAUCACGUGCUUGAAAUUGCAAAGUACUGGGAUGGUCCUAUAAGUUUAUCGGUCUUCGUUCCUGAUUACGAUCUUGAUUUGACCAUGCAAAUAAUGCAGCACGUGUGCCAUUGUUAUUCAGGAAUGUCGAAAGUGUCUUUACACCUGUUCUAUCCAAAGAAGCAUCCGCCGAAGAUAAGGACGAUAGAGGAAAUGAGUGUGAUGACGACGUCGACUGUACCAAAUCCAACUAUGAAUAGUUCUCUCGAGGAAAUGUUGAAAGCGAAAGUUGAGAAAUACAGGAAACUAAACAACGAGACGAGAGCAGAAUAUAUACAGUGGGUGAGGAAGAACAAGAUCGCUAGAAUGAUGGUGCACAUGCCACUAAAACGCAACAUUGCACCUGAUCUGAAAUUCCUCGAUUGUUCAGGCUUAGAGACAUUCAGUAUGUCUACAUUUAGAAAAGAGCACAAUAUGAUAUACCCAAUAAACGUUGGGAGGAAUGUUGCUAGAAAUGCUUCGAGGACGAAUUACUUUAUUGUUUCUGACAUAGAAAUGGUGCCGAGCGCCGGUUUAGCGCCUAAAUUCCUAACAAUGGUGAGGAAACUUAUGGGCGAUAAGAAACGAGACGAAGGCUGCAUAUUCGCUAAGACCGUCUUUGUAGUUCCCCUGUUCGAGGUGGAGAGAGGGGAGGAGAUCCCCCACGACAAAGACACGUUGGUGAAGAUGGUCGCUUCGUACCGGGCCAACUAUUUCCACCAGAAGGUGUGUUCGCACUGUCAGCGGUUUCCUGGACUGCAGAGCUGGCUAGCGAGACCAUCGCCCGAUGGUGUAGAGCCAAUGCUGAUCGCGAGACGGGAGUACCCGUAUCACAGAUGGGAACCCCUGUACUUCGGCACACACAAGGACCCCUGGUAUAGCGAAAUACUCUCUUGGGAAGGAAGGCAAGAUAAGAUGACUCAGAUGCUGGAGCUGUGCCUUCAGGAGUACCGCAUGGUGGUGAUAGAUGGUGGAUUCUUGUGCCACGCUGCGGUCCAUAAGGCUGGUACUCAUCACACGCGCGCAGAGAGAGCUAACACCCAGCGAUACAUGAAAAUCAUCGGGGCUCUCAAGCAAAAGUACAGGGACCGACCUCAGUGUAAAGUUAUGUGGGGCUGUACAGCCACAACUCAAAGAUAAGCUGAAGAAAGUGAUAAAUAAAGUAACAUUUGAUUUCGUACGCUUUAGCGUCAUAGCACACACAUUUUCAACUCGGAAAUUGAACGAUACCAACUCGCCUUUCGCUUUGCCAUCAAACAAGCGUAUAUCUAACCUUAACGUAAGUAUGUAACGUAAGCGGAGAAGAUUGGCUACGGCUAGGCGACGCCACGCGACGCCUCGCUUAUGGCUCUCCGACCUUUGGUUGACGACACCAGUUCGAUCAGUCUUAGAGAAAGUAACCACUGUGUUAAUUAUUUAAAACUGAGUAUAGAGUCUGUUGAAAUGUCUGUUAUGACUAUUAGUCGUAACAGACACUUCAACUCGGUAAGGGAUCGUCACCGUAUCAACUCGAGCCAUUCAGUAUUCUUUGUAUGAAACUCCCUACUGCAACGCACACUAGUCUCGGUUUAAAUGGUUAACGUAGUGGUUGCUUUCUAUGUGACUGAUCGAACUGGUGCCGCCUAGUCGUCAACCAGCGGUCACGAGCCUUUUUUUUUGAGUGUGUAUGCUGUUGGUCGCAGAUGACCUUUACAGAGUCAAAGUGUGAGAUCCUAAGGGGACCUCAAGCCGAGAAUUAGCGAGUGCCUCUAGAGGUAUUCCAGGCGGAUGGCAUCUCCCCACGGGGGAAGUCUCCUCUCCGUCUGGAGCCACUAGACCACUCGAAUCUGAGGGGGUGGUCGGCGAGCCGUAAGCGCGGAGUGUCGUCUAACAUACGGAUCACAUAGCUGAUCCGAAAGUACUGGAGUUGCUUAUCCGCUGACGUAACAAGCUUACGUUAGGUAGACGCCUUUCCGAGUUGAUAUGUGCGCUAUGUAGGGAUUGCAAUCCGAAAAAACGGAUCCGGUAAUCCGGCGGACCCGGCAUCAUUAAAUGUUUACUAGAUCCGGUAGCAAUAUCCGGUAAACGGAUCUGAUGAUAGCAAUGUUUGGAAAAAUAAUAGCGCAGUUGAAUGAGUACGUACUUUGUUUUAAACUUUCAUGGUCACUAACAUUAUAGAUAUUAACGG